AUGUAUUUUGAAGUGGAGUCUUUACGACCUUUCGAUAUGGUGAGAAAAGCAGGAAAAAUUUAUUGCCAUCAAAUUCUCGACAAUGAAAAUUCAGUAUGCCGAUUAAAAGCUUUAGCCAUCAUAAUUAAUGCGAAAAACUUUCACCCCUCGAGCAAAGUAAAAACCGCAAAUUACGAGCAAUGUUUUUAUGGAAACUCAUGUUCAACGAACUGCUACAAGCGUUGGGUUUUGUGA